AUGCUCCGGCCAGAAUGGCGGCUGAGGCCCCUCUCCUCCUUCCUCGGCUUCCUCGACAUUAAGACAGGCGUCGUCGUCGCCCUCCUCUUCGCUCUCUUCAACAAAGUCACCGGUGUCUAUGGCCUGCUCGCCUUCCUGAUGGGCGCCGGCGGGUCCCUCGCCCAGCUGAGCAUGUACGUCUACUCCGUGCUGGGCCUCGUCGCCCUCACAUGGGGGCUCAAGGCCGUCCAAGAGGAAGACCCCAAGCGCACGCUGUACUUUGCGCACCUCUUCUUCGCCGACCACAUCCUCUCCACCGCCUGGACCGUCUUCUUCAUCGUCGUCUGGUGGGUCUACACCCCGCAUGACGGCGCGCGCCGCAUCAGCUCGCCCGCGCAGGAGGACAUCAUCCACCGCUCCGGCAUCAACGUCACCAUGUCCCCCGAGGACCGCACCGCCGCCGCCCAGGCCAUCUGGAACAAGGAGAAGGGCCCCGCGCUCGCCAUCGUCAUCCUCGGCUGGCUCGCAAAGAUCUACUUCGCGCUCCUCCUCUACUCCUACGCGUCUCACCUCCGCAAGGGCUCCUACCGCUCCCUCCCGCUCUCGCGGCCCAACCCCGCCGCGCCCACACCUGCGUACGCCGCUCUCCCCGACGAAGAAGAGGGCGACACGAUCGACGAGUUCUACCGCCUCCCCCUGCGCGCCCGGCCCAGCAGCAAGGCCGACGCCAGCAUGCCCGACGAGGUCCUCUUCGACGAGGACGAGGACCGCCAUUCCAAGUUCGCGAGCACGAGCGCGAGCACGACGGAGGAGAGUACCACGGGCGGCUCGGAUGGCGAGGACCACGUGCAGAUGGGUGUCCGGCGGUGA